GAGAGCCAGACUCUUCCAUACAUUAAGAAAGAUUAGGUGGCGCGAAAACAACGUCCUUAUUGUCUCUCUCUGAUCCCAAAUCCGUUUGAAAUCGCUCCAUAAUCAGACCCGCUUAUUCUCGUUCCGGCUGUUUACCGGCGAGUUCUCUUUAUCUCCGGCGACGGAUCUUACGAUUUCCGUUUGGUUCACUUCGAUCUUGUUCGGAUCGUUGGGUUCUCCAUUUUGAUCUCGAAGAACGAGAAGAUUUUUCCAAGGAGUCGCGGCUCGAUUGAUUUCGGGGAUCUAGGGGUUUUCGUCAUCCCUCGAUUUUCCAGAAUAAAAGGGUCUUAGCGUUACAAACAACUGGAGUUGUGAUUAAAUUCACCUGAAUGCAGAGUAAAUGAGGGUCAGAGACGACUGAAUCCAUCAAUGCGGUUUUGUUUCAGUAGCUUGAAUGGAUAUAUAUGGGUCUAAGAAAGCAUCGGAGAUACAACAUUCAGUGCCAGAUACUACAAGACCGCCACUUGUUCCAGCUGAGAAGAACAAUGCAGCCGUUGCUACGCGCCGUCCUCGAACAAUGGAGGUCAGUUCAAGAUACCGAUCACCGACGCCCACCAAAAGCCGGCGAUUCCCAUCUCCGAGUGUCACGAGGACAGUAUCUUCGAGUUCCCAAUUGGUGCCAAGGAGAGCCAAUUCAGCCGAGAGAAAGCGGCCUUCGACACCGCCUUCUCCCAUUAGGCCAUCCACACCAGUACAUGAUGCAUCUAUAGAAUUGCCAGUGUCAUCUAGAAGGCUAUCUACUGGUCGGUUGCCUGAAAGCUUAUGGCCUUCCACGAUGAGAAGCCUCAGUGUUUCGUUUCAGUCAGAUAGUAUUUCAAUUCCUGUUAGUAAAAAAGAGAAAGCAGUUAGUAGUUCUUCGGUUGAUCGAACUCUGAGGCCAUCUUCAAAUGUAGCACAUAAGCAGGGUGAAACUCCCUCAGGAUCAAGAAAACCUACGCCUGAGAGAAAAAGAAGUCCUCUGAAGGGGAAGAAUGCCUCUGAUCAAACAGAGAAUUCAAAACCUGUUGAUGGGCCACGUAGCCGGCUAAUAGAACAGCAUCGGUGGCCUAGUAGAAUCGGUGGAAAGAUUACUUCUGAUUCGUUGAACAGAAGCUUGGAUCUAGCCGGUAAGCCGGCGAGACCUUUAUCACCUUCGACACUGGGAAUGGGAAAGCCAUCUACAAGGAGAAUGUCACUACCCUUAUACAGUGGUUCGAAACUUUUGCAAAAGACAUCCAGUGAUGAAAAUGGUGGAUUAUUGUCUCCCACAAAGUCAGAAGAUGGAAAUUCAGCACGGGCAUCUGGGCCUCGCAAGCUUCUGUCCGCGAGUUCUUUAGAUAGGACGACUUUAGCGACGGCUGUAGCUAGAUUACACCCGUUGUCCGCACCUGGUUCACGUCCUGCAACUCCGAGCAGAAACUCGUUUUCAUCAUCAUCCUCUAUCGCUCGAGGUAUGAGUCCUUCAAGAGGAAUGAGCCCUUCAAGAGGACUGAGUCCUUCGAGAGGCACAAACCCUUCCUGUUCUAGGCCAUCAACUCCACCUUCAAGAGGAGUAAGCCCUUCACGGAUCAGACAAACCGGCACUUCUACACAAACCAGUAACACAACCUCAGUUCUGAGUUUCAUCACUGAUGUUAAAAAGGGAAAGAAGGCUAGCUACAUAGAAGAUGUUCAUCAACUGCGGUUGCUCUACAAUAGAUAUUUACAGUGGCAGUUUGCAAAUGCUCGAGCUGAAGCCGUAAUGUACAUUCAAAAACUAAUCACCGAGGAAACACUAUACAAUGUCUGGUGUGCAACUUCAGAGUUACGGGAUCUUUUUAUAAGCAAAAGGACCCGUCUUCAACAGCUGAAGCUUGAGAUCAAACUGAACUCUAUCUUAAACCGGCAGAUGGAGCAUCUUGAAGAUUGGACUAUACUUGAGAGAGACCACAUUAGUUCUUUAGCUGGGGCAAUCGAAGAUUUGGAAGCAAAUACUCUCCGGCUCCCGGUCACUGGAGGAACUAAAGCAGACAUUGAAUCCCUGAAGUCAGCUAUGUCCUCUGCCCUUGAUGUUAUGCAGGCUAUGGGAUCAUCCAUCUGGUCUUUACUCUCAAAGGUGGAGGAGAUGAAUAAGCUGGUUUCAGAACUUGCUUUUCUAGCUUCAAAAGAGACAUCUAUGCUUACCCGAUGCGAAGAUCUUUUGGCCUCAGCCGCUGUCACGCAGAUCGAAGAUUGCAGUCUCAGAACUCACCUGAUGCAAACGAAUCAAGAGGAAACGGAUGAAACCGAAUCUCAUGUCUUGCGUGUAAGCAAGUUUCCAUGGCCAUAACUUCCUCAACAACACAUUCACACAUGGUAUCAUUUCAGGAAAACUGCAGAGACAUUAUUACAUCUUUGAUUCCCUGAAAUCAGCUUUCAUGUUCACAACCAAACUUCGCCUGAGAGCAAUCACAAUAAGGGUUAUCAAGUGAAUCAAGAAGUGGGUCGCCAACCCUCGGUCGGUUCUAACAUGAAAAGAAACUGGAGCGGUUCCCCAAAAAAAAUUUAUCAUGCGCAUCGAUUUUAUACCCUAUCCAACUUUUGCUCGGAAAAAUCGACAGAGCGAUGCGAAAUAUUCUAAUCUUCUUGCAGAGAUCGGAGGAGACAACGAAAUUAUACAACUUUGAUAUCGUAUUAAUUAGCUAUCUGAGAUCUGUUUCGUUUGUUUGUUACGAGAUUCUUGUAUUUUGUUGUUUUUUUAAAUCUAACCACUAUUAAU